GAGGGGGUGAAUCUGUCUUUUCAAAGCUGUAUCAGUGGACAAGAGCACUUGCACAUAUUGCAGUUGCGUCUCAUUUAUGAAGAGCCUCGCACCACAACCUUCAAAAGAAUUCAUCUGGAAAAACCACUCUCAGUUCCAGGAUUGCUCAAUAACACAGCACGCUUAUCUGUGAAAGUUCAGCGGACACGCAUGAGGAUCAGAGCGAUUUCAUGCUUUGAUUCUGCGAGGGAACUAUGAUGCUGAAUGUAUUAUUUCAUAGCGCAUGUAAAGAGUGAAUAAUCCAUCCGCGGUCAUCUUCACCCAGGACGCCCUUCAUCCAGCAUGCUCACUGCGACUCUACUAGUUCUUCUCGUGGGCAAAGUCUUGUCUACACGGGACUCAUGUCCUUCAAGGUCGUUCACGAACAGUGGGGAGUGCUGCAAACAGUGCCAACCCGGUGAAGGGAUGGUGCAGCCCUGCGGAGCGACACAGACAGUGUGUGAACCGUGUCUUGACAGCGAGACAUUCUCUGAAAACUUCAGCCACACGGAGAAGUGCCAGCCGUGUACACCGUGUUCUAAAUACAUGCGCAUGCUGACGCCCUGCACUGAUGCCAACAACGCAAUGUGUGUCUGCGACUAUGGGUUCUUCUUCAGCGCAGUGACGGGCCGCUGUGAGACCUGCACGGUGUGUCCUCUGGGCCAUGGUGUGCUGAGAGGCUGUAAUUAUGACAGUGACACGGUGUGUGAGGAGUGCUUGGAUGACACGUAUUCAGAUCAGGAGACCUCUUUUGACCCCUGCAUGCCCUGCUCCGUCUGCGAUGAGCCUGAGUUGGAGUUGACAAGCUGCACACCUUUCAGUGAUGCUGUCUGCCAAGAUGUAGAUCCUCCUGACACGUCAAGCUUUCCUUCUUCUCCUCUUCCAUAUGUUACACCUUUCCUUCCUCCUUUUUUUUCUCCCUCUUAUUCUUCUUCUCCUGCUCCAUCAGUUGUCUCGUAUACAGACAAGUCUCCUCCUGACAGUCCUACGGAGAGCGUGACCACGGCUGACCCUGGGCUGAAGAAACUUGGGCUGAGCAAAAACCUCAUUCCCAUCUAUACCUCCAUACUGGCUGCAGUUCUGUUGGGCCUGGUGGCCUUCAUCAUCUUUAAAUGGUGGAACAGUUGUAAGCAGAACAAGCAAGGAGGCAAUAACAGAGCGUGCAGUACAAACCCCAGUCAGACCCCUUCUCCUGAGGGAGAGAAACUCCACAGUGACAGCGGUAUCUCAGUGGACAGUCAGAGCUUACAGGAGGGCCAAGGGCCUCUACAUACAGUGGUCAAGAUAGAUGGAGGUUCGGCCCUGUCGUUGCCCUUACACACACGGGAGGAGGUUGAGAAAUUGCUAAAUCGUACCUGUGAAGGGGAGGAGUCAGGAGCUAAUGAGGAAACUGAUUGGUGCAGUCUGGCAGGGCUACUUGGAUACAAAGAAGAACACAUUGCUAAUUUCAAGCAGGAAGAGAGGCCCAUCCAGGCCCUUCUGUCUCACUGGGCGAGUCAGGAUUCGGCUAACAUUGAUGCACUGUGCACAGCACUGAAGAAGAUCAAUAGGGAGGAUAUCGCGCAGAGCCUCACAGUUAAACCAACUGCUACAUCUACUGUAUGAAUAAAAAACAAGAGCUUGCAAACACACACAUGCUUCCAAGCUGCAGAUGCCGAAAUACACAUCUUACAUUGCCUUCAGCAUAAUUCAAUGUUGAUGUAUCACCUGUGAAGUUGAUGUAUCACUAUAUCCUUAACUUUAGGCUGUAGGCUAAAGAGCAGUUUCCCUUUACCUUUGAUUAUUGUUUGCAUGUUCCUUUAAUUUGAGAAAAGCCAUAUGGAUUUGAACAUGGAUAUUCACUUCUUUCCUGAAGAGAAUUCACCAUAAAUGACUCAUCAAAUCAAAAUCAUUCAUUUUAUGUUUAACACAUUUCAGCAUAACAACUAUACAAACUACACAUCACAGCUAGCUUUAGCCUACAGAUUAUUCCUCCUUAGUAUGUUUAAAUGUUUUUAUUUAUUAUUUUUUUAGCAUUCUUUAAUUCCAUUUUUCUGCAUCUAUACAGGAAACUCUAUGUAACAUCCAUAAUGUAUAUGCUAUUGAUGUGUCAAAUGUGGCCAGUUCAGUCAUUGUCUAUGCAUUGAGUGUACCAUUACCACAAACCAUAUGCCGUCAGAGUUUGACCCCUGACCUCACUUGUAUACAGUAAAUACAAUACAAUACAACCAGAGACAGUAUGAGAAGAAUCAGUCAUAGAAAAAUGAAUAACAGGAAUCACUACACUCUAUAUGAAGACUGUAGAAAUUUUGAAAAUUGACAGUUUUUCAGUGUCAUGUGAGCUAAAGAAGCUAGAUUUAUGCUGCCACUAUUGUCAGAUAUUUGUUUAAUUUGAUUGUAAACUAAACCAUGAGCCCUGAUUUACUACUUGCUAGUGCUAGUCACUUAUAAGGAAGAGGGACAUUCUCAUUUUAGAGAGCAUUGGAUUGGACAAAAAUUUUUUUUUUGUAAAACUCAGUAUUUUCUGUGGCUGAAAUAUGGUUAAAAUAUCUGCCAUUUUUUUAUUUGAAGCAUUUUAAUUUGGGUUGACUUAAAUUACAGCCAAAUUGAAAUAUUUAUAAAUAUUUAUACAUAGGCCAAAAUGCUACUUAAUGCCUUUUUACAACUUAUUUCCUUCAGUAAAUAAAGUGUAUAAUAAUUCUUAAGGUGAACUAGAUUUUUGCAGUUUAUUUGCCCAUGGGUAGUUGUUUAUUGGCCCAAGUUAAAAGAGCCAAACCACAAAUAUCUCGCAUUCUAGAACAUUCAACAGUCAACAAUUUUGAGAACACAGAAGAACUAGGAGAACAUCUCAAAGAAUAUAAAUAUAUACAUUUUCUGCUUACUCUUAUGUUAGACUCUAUGAUUCAGCAGCAUGUUAAUGGAUAUAGUAACAAAAAAUUGAAGCGAUCCAAUAUAACAAUUUGUGCAACUGAUAUAUUUGGUUCAAUUACUGUCUUUGGUAUAGGAUAGAGUUGUUUUUAGAUGAAAGGAAGAAAUCAAUUCAAAAUAAAUCUCCAGGGCUUUAUAAUGUCUCAGGGUUUGUGUGGAGAUAUGGCCAUCUGUCACUGUUCCAUAUUAUUUCUAUGUUGUCUAUAUCCGUGGCCUUAUAAUGGAGUGUUAUAAUUGAGGUUGCAGGAAGCACUAGCUGAUCUUCUGAACUUCAGCACAGACAUUUGCAGAGAUGGGAGAAAUGUUUGAUGUACUUAUGCAAAAGAUAUGGAACAACAUUAAAAUUCUCUAGCUGCAUGAUUGUCAGUAUUCAUAGAUUCUUGUGAUGUUCAUUCAGUUUAAAAAGUGAUGCAGCUGAGCCUAAAUAAUGAGGAAAGAUUGUUUUCAACUUUUUGGCCAUACAUUUUUGGAAAAAUGCAAACACACUGUAAUCUGUAUCUUUGAAUGAAGGCAUUCUCCCUUUCUGGAUGUGAUUUUGGUAACACUUUAUAAUACAUUUAUAAAUAAUUAACUAACAUUAUAUAAUGCUUAACAAUUCAUUAGUUUAAAUAUCAAAUAGCGAGAAAUAUAAGAUAACGCCCUUGUUAAUGUAUACUAAGAAACUUACUAAACAUUACCUAUAUGAUUAUUUAUUCCAAAUCGAAAUGCCAGUAAUCUUUCAGUUCAUAUCAUCUUCAUUAGUUGGUCUUUGUUUGUUUAUUAUUAACUUUUUUUUUUUUUUUUUUUUUUUUUUUUGCAGUACUUAAUCUAGUGGAAAUCCACUUAAUCUAAGUGUAAACUUUUCAUCAUUUGCAAAUGUUUAUAAAUGUUUAAUAAUCAUUAAUGCCUUUAUGAGCAGUAAUCUCAAUGGCCAAAAGUGUACCAAAAGACCUGAAUUGACCCUAUUGACACAUCUUCACUAAUAAUUUAUUUAUCAUUUAUUCGUGUUUUUGUAGUAGCCAAUCUAGUUGGAACUAUUCAUAAUUUGUAAAUGUUUAUGAACAAUUAAUAAUCAUUUAGUAUCUUAAUGGGCAUUGGAAUUAUAGUUAAUGUAGCAAGGUUUCUGUAAAUGGUGGCUGGUUAAGAUCAACUAAAUGCUUGCUAAAGACAUAACACAUUGAAUCUUUGGUGCAAAAAAACAACAAAUCACAUUAGUAUACUUCUCUUCAGUAUAUAAUCAAACAGGAUAUUCCUUGAAUAGUAAAUAAAAAAGAGGAAAACAAGUAAUUUUUUUUUACUUUUAUCAAAACAAAAUAAUAUAAAUAGACUGAACUAUGUUCCCUUAUAAUAAUCAAAGUGACCCCGUACACUGUUUACCCUUCAGCCAACCCUUAAACAUACCCAAACCACCAAACCUGUCCCUAACCUUACCCAGAUCACACAUCAGUGGCAUUAACACAAGCUUUUAAUCAUUGCAUAACAUCUGUGAACAACUCUUUGAACAUAUAUUAACUAAUGAUCCAUUAAGCAUUAUAUAAUGUUUGUUACUGAUUUAUUAAUGAAAGUUAUUAUAAAGUGUUACUCUGAUUUUUUUAUUUUAUUUUAUAAGAUUAGAGUGUAGCACUUAAAGUAUCAUAUAGAGAUUAAUAUCAGGUCUUUUUUUCAGUAUGUACAUAAUUUUGCUGUGUUUGUGAUAACUGUGCUUUAGUUUUGUGUUUAUACAUAGUCUGAAAGGCUUAUGGUAUUGGUCUUGUAGGGCAAUAUCAGACAAUCCUGUAUCCACAAACCCAAAGACUUCAGCCUUUAUACCCUUUUGCCGUUUUGUUCUUGAAUAAAUUACUUUUGAUUAUUUGACAAAUGUGCCAUUUUGGUUUCAAUUUAUCUGUAGAAUAUUUUUGUAGUGUUACACAACAUCACAGUCCGUAUCUCUGAGAUGGUUGCCUCUGACAAUCACACUUGUUCAGUUGUUGGACAUGAAGUUGAUCGGAAACCCGUUAUACCCAGAGACUGAAUCUUGCACUUGGCAGAGGAGCUUUGUGAGAUGAGAAUGAGGAGCAUGAGAUGGCGAGCAGAUGUUUUGUUGGGUUUAUUUGGACACUGCAGGAAGAAACAAUACUGAAUGUUACAUGUAUUUACUGUUAUGUACAUUGUAUCAUAUAAAUGUGAAUUUACUAGAAUUAAAGUAGUUUAAUGCAGGUACUAUUACAAAAAAGAUAUAAUAAACUAAAUAAAAUCGC